CCACAUCACGUCCGUUCAAGCAGCUAUCUUCGAGUGUGAACACGACGUUCACUCCGUUCCGAAGUGGGGCAACAUGGCAGCGCCGCAGAGUCCCAACCUAAUGGUAUUCGACGAUGAGCCAGCUAUCGUGAUCCCCGCCGCACCAGCGUCCGUAUCCUCAGCUGACAGCGUCGAGUCUUUCCCGCUGGUCGCACCGAUCUCCCCCGUUGAGAUCUCUCCAAGCGACGUCGAGCAGGACCGCAAGGUCCUCCACUUCUUCGUCUCUUGUCGCAGCGUGGAUGGCAACUCGCUUGUGUCUCCCGCGCGCUCAGCACAGACGCUGGUGCGUGGUGCCUUCAAUAUGCUGAGCAACGCCACGGCCAUAAACAACACCAAGUCUCCUCGUGCCAAGCCCCCAACCGAGGUCAACGUCGAGGUGCGUAUUGCGCGGGAGACACCGAUCUUCGGCUUUGGUGCAGACAUCCCAACACAGCAGACAGUUACGCCUCCAUCUGCUCCCAGCAGCGGUGGCCUGACGCUCGAGAUGGACAAUUUCGGGGAAUUGGGGACAGGAUUCUCGGACAAAGCGGCACUUCCCGCCGACGGACUACUAGACAGUGAGAGCUACUGGAGUGAACGACAUAAAAGUCGCAACCCCAAGUUCUCAGUGGGCUUCAGUGUCCGCUGCAAGAACCCGGCAGAGUACGACCGACAUGUGCAGAUUAUGGUGAUGAUCCCGGACGAAGGCACAUCCUCCAACAAGAACAGCCAAGUGUUCGGAUACGCAUUGACGUCUUUCCAGGAGAUGUAUACAGUGGCUACCAGCGGCAAUUACAAGCAGAAGAUGACGCUGCCGGUGCACUCAACGGUGCUGGAUGGAGCGACUGUGGAGCUGCAGUUUGCCAAUAUUCAACCGCAGGAACACCCGUUGUUCAAAGCGCAGCAUAAUUUGUUUAGGAGCUUUAUGUUCUACCCGUUGAUGAAGGAGGAACAUGCAGAAAUGCAGGCCGCGAACGCGAAAUUGGCGGUUGAAGAGGCCGCUGAGGUGGAUUUUAGUGUCAAGAUCCCGUUGCAAUUACUUCGAGUGUGUCAGUACGAGUUGCUGCAAAUGUACGAUGAGUGGAAGUUGCGCUAUAAUUACAACCGCAAGAAGAAUCGCUACUUUGAUAACGACGCAGAGGCGCUUAACUUUGGGCAUGACGUUUUCCGCGUGCAGGUAGUGUGUGGACGUGAUUUGAAGACGAAAUCGAGUGUUAAUGGUGCAGCAAGUGCUGAGACGGAGAUGACGAGUGAGUUGGAUGUACGAUCAUCGCGUACGUCAGGCUUUUCGAUGGGGAGUAUGGUGGGCGGGCGAGGAGGGUUUGUGAACCGGAUAAAGGCUGGUAAAUGGGGUGGUAGUAAUGCUUCAUCGUCGUCGUUUAGCAGCAAUGACCCUGACACAGCUGAAGCGGGAGUCGAAACAAGCAGUAGUGUCCAUCCUUUCGUUGUGGUAAAGUUUGAAGAUGGUGUGGUCGGAAAUCACGAGUAUACUGUGGGAAAGACCAACACUGAGUAUGAUUCGACGAAUCCCGUUUGGUCAACGAACAAAAAUGCCGGCACUAAAUGUCCUCAUGGAAAACCCAAUACUAAGUAUCACGCAUCGCGAGUGUUGAAGAGCCGCGUGGUUGUAUCUCCUGUAAACGCACUGAAGCAGUUUGUAUUUUAUAGACCCAGUCUGGUUGAUCAGCCUCUUGCUGGUUGGUUACGCUUCCAAGUAUUCAAUGAGCAUUAUGGCUACAUGAGUGGAGUCGAGAACGACUUGAUUGGGGAAGUCAUGAUCCCGCUGCAGAGUGUACGCGAUGCCAUGGUAGUAGAAGAAAAAACUGUGUUUGAUGAUGACGAUGGUACCGAAGGCAACGGGGACGGGAACCACGAGUCCAAGUCGCACCAAAUCGUGACUUCUCUCACGCUUGUAGACUGGUUUGAUGUGCGUUCACCGUCGACUGAUGAAAUUUUGGGCCAGAUUCAACUUCGCGUUAAUAUUUUGCUCGCUAAUCCACUUGAACCAGCGAGCGAUGACCUCCUCACUGGUCACGCGUUGGAGCCUUCUUCAACUCUCCCAAGACGAUACAGAAGAGCUGCAGACUGUUCGCCACCUCCGAGUGAUGGUGUCCUUGAAAGCGAGAUUCCUCUAAACUUUUUGUAUCCUCAUGUGCUACAUAUUCGCAAGCAGAUCACAGAAGUUACAGAUAUGAUUCGACUGACAGAACAUUUGGUUGAGGAGAAGAAAACGUUCAAGUCUAGUCUACACAAGAAGCGUGCAGACAUUCAAGGAAUCCCGACGAAUCUGCACGUCUCGUACUUCCGUAUUUUCCGGCAUUUUGGGUCUCAGUCUGUAUCGCAUCCGUCAAUAAAUACACAAGCAUCAACGGAAGAUUUGCUUGGCUUGGAUGAUAGCGACGCGCACUUUGGCGCACCUGUUUCGCUUCAAUCGUUGUCGAUGCAAGAGCGUGCGAUGAUCCCGGAGACCCAUGCAACAGUAACUUGUGGUGCUCCGACAGCACAUGCAAUGGGACUAAGUGACUGUGGUCUGCGUGAAAUGGAGUUGGAAAUGCAGAACUAUCAAACAGCAUUGGAAAAGAGUACACCUCGAUUGGUAGGAAGUCCGGUAAGUGAUAGCAACUGCUUCAUUCCAGAAGAUUCCUCCGACUUUUUCUAUCCGCCGCUGGAAGAUGAGAACGAAGCAGAGGGUGAAGAUGACACUGACACGCCUGCCUCUAGUGGUCAAACGAGUCCAACUGCAGCUGCUUCCACGACUGCAGUGGAGCCUGCGCCGAAGAAGAAAGCCUCCAAGUACUCUAUGAUGGCUCGUAGGGCUUCGGCGGCUCGAGCGAAGGCACUGUCAAAGAAUCGGUUUGUGAAGAAGAAGAGCUCGCGGCAACUUGACCAAAAAAACAGCGACGAGAAGACCGCUGUGUAUGCCAAAUAUCCGUCGCUUCGUGUCGAGUCGGAAGAAGGAGUGGACCCGACAACGUCUAUUAACUACGCUGUACGAAUGGUGUGUCGUCUGGAAAUGCUGCGUUCGGACUAUUAUCUACGCAAGAGUGUAGCGGUCUCGCAGUCUGUGAGCAGCCUUGUGACCUGCUUCAUGGCGGAGUUAGACUUGUGUCUUCAAGAGCGAAAUGACAAGGUGUUAAAUCAAAUGGCCAAGGUCGGGUUCUUGAUCGGAUGGGAGAGUCUCAUCUCGUCGCAUGGGAAGGAGCUUUACAUGAUUUCGGACGCUUGGGUGGCGAUCAAAUGCUUAGAGACAUUCUCCUUCAAGAUCUGCGAGGGAGCAGACAUGGAAGUGGUGGUUGAGAAGAAAGAAGAAGUAGGUUAUAUCAUCAAAAUCCCGGUGCCUCCAGCUCAAUUCGCACUGCUCCCUGAGAGUUUGAAAAGUGGAGAAUUGAUCAGUGUCACGUCGGUGUUAUUUACGCAAGGAAUCAACGAAAUGCAGAGCUUGGCCAACAUGGUGGGCCACUCGGGCGUCUCUAUCCAGCGUAAGAUCAACAGCACGAGCUUCCGCACUAUAUCGGAGUACUACAACCGCUUCACUGAGAUUUGCGGCAUUGGUAUGUCCGAAGUGAGUGUUGGCUCACAUCCUGAUGAGAUCUUGCGUAAUUUACGCGUCAGUGUGGAGAGCGAGAACUCGGCGUCGAAAAAUACGUGUAUUUUACUCCAUGCUGCCGAUGCGGUGCGUAGUUUAAACGGUGGCCGAGUAACGUACUGCAAGUCAGGGAAAGAUCGAACAGCCAUGAGCACGACACUGGAGCAAGCUCGUCUUCUUGUUCAAAGGAAACGACAUGUGCUACAAGAGAUCGAAUCGGGGAGUUCUACCGAGUACGGACCGCUGGAAGAGGUCAAAGAGGUCGCUAAUAUGAUGCGAGAGUUCGGCGUUCGCAUCCACGUCGCCAAGAAGAAUGUUGGUCGCUACAAGUACUCGUUCAAUUCCUUGCAGCGAAAAUUACUUCCUGAAAUUUAUCGACCGCCCAUGUCGACGAUCCAAGACAUGGUGACGUCGGUCACAGCGCGCGAUUCGUGAGAAAUUUUUAUGACAGAUGUUGGUAUGGUCGAUGCACUUAUUCAUUCAAAGUUGUAUCUUAACAGACAGAUGGCCGUAAGUUACCCUUCUCAAAACAAACGUUCAUGAAAUCUAUUCGUCGUCCUCCUCGUCGCUCUCCUCCUCAGGCGUCUCAAGCCACGUGAGCCACGUGGACGUCUGGAUAAUAGCCUUCAUGCGCCCAGGCACGUCUCCAUCCACGUCGUACUUGUACUCGAAGAAACCAGUUUCGUCAAUGAUGUCCAAACUGUAGAGCGCCAUGAAGCACUUCUCGAUCAGACCCUUAGGGAAGUCGUACUUGUUCAAGAAGACCUGCAGAGCGUACAGAGCCUCCAUCUGGUCCUUCUUGUCCGAGUCUUCCAUGGCGAAUUUCAGCAGCUCACCGUACGCAGGCAGGGCGAUCCAGUUGGCGCUGGACUUGGCCACGUCUUCAGCGGCGGCCGUGACGGCCUCGAAGACCACAGCGCCGCUGGGUCGGCCGUUCUUCUUGAAGAUUUCCUUGGCCACCUCAGCCAAUUCCUCACCCUUCUUGCCGCUGGCCAGCACCUUUUUCAUCGUCUCCCGGUCGACCUCCGCCUUCUUGGCCGCGGCCUCCUCGGCCUUCUUCUUCUCUUCAGCGGCCACGCGCUUGGCCUCUUCAGCUGCCAGACGCUCCUCCUCGGCUUUUUUCUUACGUUCCUCACGCUUCUGCUGGGCACGCGCCUUCUUGUCCAACACCUCGGGCUCGGCCGGCGUCUGUUCCUGUCGGCCGCUCACGCGCAAGUUCAACAUACCGGACGACAGACCCUCGUCUCCGCCACGGCCGAAGCGGCCGCCCGCGCGGCCCUCGAAUCGGUCGUCACGGCCGAACCGGUCGCUGCCACGGUCUCCGAAGCGGCUGCCGCCGCCGAACGCGCUCGAC